CGGCGGCGGCCGAGGCGGGGCCGGGCCGGGUCGGGCGUCGGGGCCACACGUCCGUCCGCGGGUCGCCGGGGCUGCGCUCGCCAUGGAGCCGCGGUGCCCGCCGCCGUGCGGCUGCUGCGAGCGGGUGGUGCUCAACGUGGCCGGGCUGCGCUUCGAGACGCGGGCGCGCACUCUGGGCCGCUUCCCGGACACGCUGCUCGGGGACCCGGUGCGCCGCAGCCGCUUCUACGACGGCGCGCGCCGCGAGUACUUCUUCGACCGGCACCGGCCCAGCUUCGACGCGGUGCUCUACUACUACCAGUCGGGCGGGCGGCUGCGGCGGCCGGCGCACGUGCCGCUCGACAUCUUCCUGGAGGAGGUGGCCUUUUACGGGCUCGGCACGGCGGCGCUGGCGCGCCUGCGCGAGGACGAGGGCUGCCCCCUGCCGCCCGAGCGCCCCCUGCCCCGCCGCGCCUUCGCGCGCCAGCUCUGGCUGCUCUUCGAGUUCCCCGAGAGCUCGCAGGCCGCGCGCGUGCUCGCCGUCGUCUCCGUGCUCGUCAUCCUCGUCUCCAUCGUCGUCUUCUGCCUCGAGACGCUGCCCGACUUCCGCGACGACCGCGACAGCCCGGGGCUCGCCGCGGUGUCCGCCGCCGGCCUGUUCCCUGCUCGGCUGAAUGGCUCCAGCCAGCUGCCUGGACCCCCGCCUCGCUUAGAUGACCCGUUCUUUGUGGUGGAGACGCUGUGCAUCUGUUGGUUCUCCUUCGAGCUGCUGGUGCGCCUGGCGACCUGCCCGAGCAAGGCAGCCUUCUUCAAGAACGUGAUGAACCUCAUCGAUUUCGUGGCCAUCCUGCCCUACUUUGUGGCACUGGGCACUGAGCUGGCCCGGCAGCGGGGGGUGGGCCAGCCGGCCAUGUCACUGGCCAUCCUGCGAGUCAUCCGACUGGUGCGCGUCUUCCGCAUCUUCAAGCUGUCCCGGCACUCAAAGGGCCUGCAGAUCUUGGGCCAGACACUACGAGCCUCCAUGCGCGAGCUGGGCCUCCUCAUCUUCUUUCUUUUCAUCGGUGUGGUCCUCUUCUCCAGCGCAGUCUACUUUGCCGAGGUCGACCGGGCAGACUCUCAUUUCACCAGCAUCCCUGAGUCCUUCUGGUGGGCGGUGGUCACCAUGACCACAGUCGGCUAUGGAGAUAUGGCACCCGUUACUGUGGGUGGCAAGAUAGUGGGCUCUCUGUGCGCCAUUGCCGGCGUGUUGACCAUUUCCCUGCCUGUGCCGGUCAUUGUCUCCAACUUCAGCUACUUUUACCAUCGGGAGACAGACGACGAAGAGGCCGCAAUGUACAGCCACGUGGACACGCAGCCCUGUGGCCCACUGGAGGGCAAGGUCAAUGGGGGGUUGGUGGAUGGAGAGAUGCCUGAGCUACCACCUCCACUCUGGGCUCCGCCUGGGAAACACAUGGUCACCGAAGUGUGAGGGACAGUUGAGGUCUGCAGGACCUCACAUUUCCCU